AUGAAUGGAUCCGGCAGCUACAUUGGUGACAACCAACCAGUUCUCCUCAAGAACCCGGAGCUGCUAAUUGUUAUCAAAACCCUCAUCCGGACUAUGCCGGAGCAUGUGUACCGGUACGUCGGCUUCCACGCAACCGCCUACUUGUCACCGUUCCUGCUAUCCAAGGAGGCGUUGUGGGAGCUGUCACUCUUCGCGGCAGCGCGACAGAUGCCACGCCGCAAGCUGAAGUCGUCUGAGCAAGCGAUGGGUCGAGUGGUAGACGACGCGACCUUAGACGCUGUGGUCGGCCGUGUGCCCCCGCGCAAGUGGCGUCUCUGCCUGCACAUCGUGGACCGGUUGCUUCCUGGCAUGCUAGUGGUGGCCUACGCCCGGGCCACCAACGAUACAGCUCUCUUCAUGGAGCUCAUGGCGGACGUCAUUGCGGAGGAAGUGCGGAGCACAUUCAUUGACCAGGUAGGAAGAAUGGCCUACUUCGACAAUUGGACCAGGCUUGUGUUUUGGGGGAAGGCGAGGACAACUAACCUGUAUUCCCUGUUUCCCCUGCGGCAGUUCUUUCACGAGGCAGUUCUCGACUACGCGAAGCAGGUGCAGACAAAAUUGCAGAACGUGAAUUCUUCACUGGACAUUUUCCUGAAAGCGAGCGCCUUCGUUGGGUCGAUGUGGAGCGGCCCAAAGCACAGCAUUCUAGAAGAGCAGAGGAUGUUCCAUGUACCCGCAAUCGGGUACCGUCUGGCCGUUUGUUUAUUUCGAGAAACAUUUCCCGAAAACUUUUACAACCCAUUCACCAUCUACUGGAUGAGGGAAACGACUGAAGCGUUAAAGGCCAAAGAAGACUGCUUUGCUAAACAAUAUCGCGCUAACGACUACGACUUCCAGCAGAGGCUAUUCACGAAGCGGUACCUCAGCAAGGACUACCGCCUCGAGUCUUUGAACAUGACCGCUGACCAGCUGUUCUUCAUCUAUUAUACACUGAGUUACUGCAGCGAUUAUUCUCAAGAUAGCACCGACAGGAAAACAUUUGUUCAAGAUAGAGUGAACGUCCCACUGAUGAAUAUGCAUGAGUUUGCAACUGCUUUCAACUGCGCAGCUGGCAAGCCUAUGAAUCCGUCGAAGCGAUGCCAUUUCUGGAAAUGAGAGGCAUUCGGCACACGUGUUCUUCGCUCAGCGUUGUGCGAAGCAUGAUAUUUAGUGUAUUAGAAUUUCGCCCCUUUAUG